AUGUGCUUUUCCGAGACCACAUUUGGCAGCACCGAUUGGUAUUGGGCAACGCGCGCCACCCGACGCCUGGCGGCGGUACCAGACCUCGAGGAGGUUGAGGUGGCAACGAAAGGUUUGGGGAACUGGAAGGCGGUUGGCCCCGACCUCCUUGCCGCCGAACUGCUCAAGGUCUACGGCGACGACGAGCCCAUUGUCUUGGAGCGCCUCCGUGCCAUCUUCGUCGAAGUGUGCAAUGGGGGAGAGAUGCCGCAGGAGUGGAAGGAUGCCAUCAUUAAGGUGUUGUACAAGAAGGGUGACCGGACGAACUGCAACAACUUCAGGGACAUCUCGCUGCUCUCGCAUGUAGGCAAAAUACUCGCCAAGACCAUCACCAACCGCCUGAGCACAUUCUGCGAAGCCAACGAAAUCCUCCCGGAGGAACAGUGCGGGUUCCGGCCUGGCCGAUCCACGGUAUGCAUGCUGUUCGUUGUGCGCCGACUCCAGGAGCUGGGGCGGAGGAGGAGAAUCCCGCUCUACAUGUGCUUCAUCGAUCUGCAGAAGGCAUAUGACUCGGUGGACCGGGAGCUACUGUGGAAGGUGCUGGCCCGGGCCGGGAUCCCCGGGGAGAUGAUCGCCGUCAUCCGCAAGUUCCACGUCGGAAUGCGGGCCCGGGUCCGCACGGACGAUGGGGAGCUAUCGGACUGGUUCCCGGUCACGCAGGGAUU